AUGACCGCAUACACCACAGAGGACCUACGAUUCUUUAUAACUGGGCAGGGCCGUAGCGUUAGUGAAACCGAAUCGCCCUCUGGAUUCCAGGUCCGAACCAAGGCGCCGAGGGCCACGUUCGGUUGGUUCGGCCAACCCAGGAUCAAGAUAAGCGAAGUGUCCAGCAACCUCGCCAUCGGCGACGUCAAAACGGUCAAGCCCGAAUCCGACGAGGCGAAGAAAAUCAGCUCGGGAACCAUGUUCAUCAACUACAAGGCCAUUGCCGGGAAGCACAUUGCCCCCAAAGUCAUCGGGAUCAUCGAAGCCGACGACUCCAAGGACAUGGUCGGCUUCAUCUUGAAGUACAUCCCCGGGCGGGCGGCCGGGCCCGAUGAGAAGGAGAAGUGCUUUAUGCUCCUGGAAAAACUAUGGGCCGAGGGCUGGUCUCAUGGUGAUGUGCAGGCGGGCAAUUUCAUCGUGACAUCCCGUGGAGAUGUUUACCUGAUCGACUACGAAUUUGCCAAGGCGGUUACUAAUAAUGGGAAUGCUAAGGAUCUCUACGACUUCGAGCAGGAUUUUUAUCAAGGCUGA